ACGACAGGCUUGGAUUUUGUAUUAAUUAGCUGGAUUUGUCGGUGUAGUCGUAGCCGUCUUUAUCAUUUAUCUAUAUUGUUUUAUGUUGUGAAAACAAAGAAAUAUCAAACAUCGUACCGUCUCCAACUUAGUAACCUCGCUAAUGUCAGUCGCGGCUAGCUGUGCUUCAAGAGCGGCACUUGAAGAGCUGCUGGCAAAGCUUCGCAUGGAGCAGGAUGAAGUCACAGAUACAUUGAAAAUACUCAACACAUCUGCAAAGGCCGAGGAUAAGCUGGCUGAUGUGCAGCGGGCUCGGGCUCGCUUGUCGUCAAGCUUGGAUACCGCAGCGGAGCUCGGAACUGCAGCAGAAACAGCUGCCUAUCUGUCGGAAUCUGUUUCAAAUCGUGUAAAUUCUGUUUUGUUACUCUACAAUCGGGCUCUGCAGGCUCGCACAAUGGUCGACCAGACGAUGGCCCUCAAACAGGCUAUUGUAAGUAUGUAUGCCGCGAUGGACCAGCGGGAUUGGGAAAGAGCGGCGUCCGCAGCACGUAUGGCAUUUGAUUUACCAGAAAGUGUGCGUACGGGUUCAUUUGCUGCCAAAAUGACGCCCACAAUCGAACUGCCAGAAGCGCCAAUGGUAUCCUUGAAUUCUGCGGCUCAAGACAUGUGCGCACUUUUUGCCCGGGAGUUCAAAAAAGCUGCGGCAGAACGUAAAAUGGACCAAGUCACUCGUUACUUGAAGUUGUUCCCUUUAAUUGGCUACGAUCAAGAUGGACUGAGCAGGUACUCAUGGUUUAUUUCUGAGGUCAUUUCGGGUCAAAGCCGAUCUCUUCUGCUCUUGAGCUCUCAUGACCCAGGAUCAACGCCAGACACUAACCCGAAAUUUUAUGGCUUAGUAUUCGCUCGAUUGUUCGAAAACGUUGCCGUCAUUCUAGCUCAGCAUGCCCCUCUCAUUGAGAGACAUUAUACCAAAGGCUCCGCCAUGACCCAGAUUGUAGAAAAAGUCCAAAUUGAAAUUGAUACUCAGAGUGGUCUCAUCAUCGAUACUUGGUGGGAUGAACGUCGGCUGGAUCGUGUUUUAUCCGAAGUCAAGUCUUACAGCUACCCCGCCCUCGCUGCCCAUUUGAUCCAGACCAAUCAAGAUCAACCAGAGUCAUUCGAGACGGCUGAUUUGGCUACAGCGUCGCAAAUACUAGCUGAACUCACCACAAUGCUCAACAGAUGGGCAUUGUACAGAAGCUUCAUUGAGGAGAGAUGGCCUGAGGCACUUAAAUCCAUGUAUCAAAGCGAGCUGGAGGAAAAGAUCGACAGGCAACUACGCCCUGCGUUCGACGUUCUUGCUCUUUUCGUCUUUAGACGAUCAGUUGAAAAGGCAGUCGACCUUGACGAACUACCGCCGGCUGGAUCAGAGUAUCAUGAUGAAGCUCCUCUUGUAUCAACAAUGAUUGACGACGUGAUGUACGUUUUGCGUACACUUCUAGAACAGAUUGAAGAUGCUGGAGACAAAAAAAUUAUUCAGAGCUCUUUGCCGUCCUUUAGACGUGUUCUAGAAGGCGACUACAUGGGAACUAUUCAGCGAAAGAUUCGUGAUUCUGCGCCAUCACGGUUGUCUAGUGACACACAGAGCCCAUUCUUGAUUUAUCUCAACGAUCUUAUUAUCUCCAGCGAGUACAUUGCAAAGAUAGUGCGGUCUAUCUUCAAUCUUGAUCAGGUUGCAGAAGCUCAAGCUCUCGUAGAUGGUGUGACGAGCAAAGCGCAGGAUAUGCUCGACAGUGGGUGUCAAACAUAUUUUGCCGCUCAACUCUCGACUCAAAUCCGUACUGCUUGCACCACCGCUUUCAAAGGCAGUUAUAUGCUUUCCCCUACUGAUAACGAGUCCAACAAAGCAGUUGUGUUUGAGGGCCUUUGGAGAAAAACAUUUGAACCUCUGCAAAAGCAGUUGAAUCCUUCAGUAUACAAAAAGAUGGUAUCCCUGUCUGCUGGCUUCACGGCUCGACUUCUAGAAAAGUACAUCUGGCUACUUGAUAAAAAAGUCAACGAAAUGGGUGCCAUUGCACUGGACCGCGACAUCAGCCGCGUCCUUUCUGUGAUCUCAGAAUCUGAUUACAAUCUACGUGACAAGUUUGUCCGGGUAUGUCAAAUUGUAAUGCUCAUUGGUGAUGAAGAAAUUGAGACUGUUUUGACAUCAGAGGAGGAGCAUAAUGCUAGGCACAUAAGAGUUUAA